AUGCAGAGUAGCUUGCCCUACAUCGUGGCAUCGAAGCAGGUUGCGAUCACGCUGGAUGGCGGGUUGCAGGCUUGUUGGCUCAUGGUCCGCUGGAUAGAUGUGUUUGCUGCCGUUCCUGGCGAUACCAUGUUCAGGCCUGCCAUCGCGUUAGAAGUCGUCAAUUGUGUGCGACAGGCUCUGGCUAUCAUCAUCAUCAUCAUCAUCUAUGAUAACCUUGACCACUGCUAUCCAUCUUGGCCGGAUUGGAAAUCGUCCGUAGCGGUCACUUCCGCACCCAUAUUGAAGUCGGUGUAUGAAGUACCGAGCAGCUACGCUGCCUACACAGUCUUGCUCGAGUCGAACCGAGCGGGCACAAACCAACUAGAAGCCUUGCACCAGGCACAGGACGCCAGAGGACCGGAGCUCAACAUCUUAUUUAGGUGUAGCGUGGUCGUUCAGGUUGUGUUCGGGCGAGCUUACGGGUAUGACAUGCUGGAAUCCGCUAUUAAUACGGCCUGUUCGGGCCUGGAUCCCAGCAAAGCAUAUUCUCGUCAACUCAAUUGCCCGGCAAUCGUGCUGGCCGGCCGUACGAUGGUACGUGCGGCCCAGCACACGACCGGCUGUUGA